UCAGCUCUUCAAAAGUACCAGACUUGAAUAGUACUGGUGAAAGUGGUAACGAGGUAACUCGUCGCAAUCGCAGUUACUCAGUAUUCUCGCGCUAGUCGAAUGUCUGCCGCGACUCGUCAAGACUUAAGACAAUUUUCCAAUUCUGUACAUUACGUACUAAACAACUGCAUCCGUUCUUAAUAUUUGUGUUGUGUUACUUUUCUGUGAUAAUGGACAUCGAAACUGGCAAAGACGAUUUAAGUUUCGAAGAUGGAAAACUUGUUGUGUUUACUGAUAUAUCAUGGAAGAUCACAAAAAGUCAGAAGAUACCUUGGAAAAAGAACAAACAAGAGACGAGCGCAAAAGAUAUCGUCAUCCUGAACGAAGCAUGUGGAGCAAUAAGGCCGGGCCGACUCACAUAUAUAAUAGGCCCAUCCGGAGCUGGUAAAACUACCCUAAUGAAAAUAUUAUCGGGAAGAAAGAAAAGCGGCGUAAAAGGUGCCAUGUACGGUGCUGGUAGGAGUGCUGUGCUCGUGGACCAGCACGCAACUCUUAUUGACACGUUAACUGCAAACGAAACUCUGGAGUUUGCGGCUAGACUUAAACUACCUAACAUCCCGUGGAGGGAAAGAAGGCAACUGAUUACAAAUAUAUCAAAGCAAUUAGGUAUAUUGGAUGUGUUGAAGACGAGAGCUGGCAAUCUGUCUGGUGGUGAGAGGAAAAGAUUAACUAUUGCCUGUGAACUACUCGUGGACCCAAAUGUGAUGAUACUCGAUGAACCAACUAGUGGCUUGGAUUCAGUUUCAUCAAUGUCAGUAGUUCGUGCUCUUCUCACUGUGGCCCGGAGUGGGAGAACAGUAGCAUGCGUCAUCCACCAACCGAGCUCGCAACUCUUCAAUACUGCUGACGACAUCCUGCUACUAGCUAACGGGCGCACGCUCUACUCCGGUGCUCUACUAGAUAUUCCCAACACACUAGCUAGAGCAGGGUUCGUAUGCCCUCAGUACUACAACAUGGCAGACUAUAUGUUAGAAAUCGCAAGUGGCGAACAUGUUGGAAAUAUAGCACUCUUAGAAUCUGAAGCUAAAAGUUAUGCGUAUGAGAUGAAGAAUGUUGCAAAAAGUGAUGUGCACGAAGUCAAUUCUAAAGGAUUGCCCGUAGAAACAGAAGCUCUCCUGAGAAUUCAUCAACCUCAGACGGACGGCUACAUAGCAACUGUUUGGCAACAACUCGGAGCACUUCUUUGGCGAUGCUGGUUAUUAGCGCUCAGAGACGUCCAUUUGACUCAAAUCCGUCUAGUAGCCCACUUGUUGGUGGCGCUGCUCCUCGGUGCGUUGUACAGCGGCGCGGGCGCAGACGCCGCACGUUUCCUCUCCAACACCGGCUGCCUGUUCUUUUUCCUACUCUUCAUAUUUUUCUCCAACGCUAUGCCGCCCAUUCACACUUUUCCCGUAGAAGCUUCAGUCGUUAUUCAGCAGCACUUGAACAAGUGGUAUUCUUUGCCUGCGUACUGCGCAUCGAAGAUAUUACUUGAUUUACCUAUACAGUUGUUAUGCGCAACAACAUUCAUGUUUCCGGCAUGGUACUUAACCUCGCAACCACUAGACUUGCACCGGAUGGGUUGCGCUUGGUGCAUAUGCAUUCUUCUCAUCAUACUAGCCCAGACCUUCGGCUUAGUCGUAGGAGCAGCGUGUGAUGUAAAGUUGGGUUUGUUCGUGAUUCCCGCUGCCAAUAUACCAAUGUUGAUGUUCUCCGAGUUCUUCAUACCGUAUCAAGAAAUGCCUUCGUACCUGAGACCCUUCGCUGCCAUCUCUUACUUCAGAUAUGCGUUCGACGCCUUCCUAGAGACCGUCUAUGGAUUCAACAGGAAACGAUUGCCUUGCUCUAAAAGUUUUUGUAUUUUCUCCAAACCCGAUCAAUAUUUAGAACAUUUAGGACUAGCGAGAAAUUUUAACGGUGAUAUCGUUGCGUUAUUGAUAUGGAUUGUCUUGUUACAGAUAACACUCAUAUGCGUUUUAAUGUUCAGAGUUCAUAAAGCCUGCAGAUGAUUACUCUAUAAAAAUACGCUAAUGCAAAGGUUUCACAUCAAUUUAUAGCUGAUAGGUUUUGUAUAGUUAAUUAAAUAAAAGUCUUAUAAUACUAAGCUGAGUAGGAAAAUAUACCACACAUCGUGGAUACUCUCUAAAUUUUGGCCUAUUAGUUAAGAUAGAUAUAAUGUUACUUAUUCAUAAAUAAUGCAUCAAUAAGACUCUAAACUAUAGUUGAUUUCUGUGCGAUUUAAACGAAGUAAGACUAUUCUAAUAUUCGUCUCUAUUUAAAAACAUUUAUAAUUAAGGUUUCUGACUGCAAAAUAGGAUAAUUUGGCGUUUUUUUUUUUAAGCUAUUUUGAACCUGUCUACAUCUUAGUUAGUUAGACACUGCGAG